AUGAGUUCAUGGGACGUGGCAAUUCUAUUUCUUAGCAUAUUUCAUACGAUAGCGUCACAAUGUAUAGACGGAGUUCAUAAUGUCAUUACAGUCGAUUCCUAUGGUAGUGGGAAACUACCGGUUCGAAUACGAAACAUAACGAUUCUUGUUUACGACAUUCACUAUAGGCCGUCAUGUCAUAAAGGAAAAGUCAAUGUCCUUCUACCAGGAUAUUUUCAUAUUAUAUCAGGUGAAGUCGAGACGCCAAGAGAUUUCGAUCUUUUCGAGUCGAAUCUCGUUCGUGCCACUGUACAUUUGGGAAGCACCAAAAUCUGCCACAACGGCGAGAGUGGAAUGAUCAUCAUACCAAGCAGAUUGUGCCAGUUCGACAUCAAAACUGUUAUCCCGCCUGAUAUGUGUCGUAUUUUGCAAUCGAAAGGAACUCAUACAUUAAAAGAAAUGCAGGACAAACUGAAUUUUAACUCAACUCUUGAACUACCACCGUCACCUUCAUUUCUUGGAAUAACACUGUUAGACUUACUGAAGGGAGAAUACUUCAUAAAAAUAGCUAUCGACUCUGAUCACAAGCAAAUCGCCGAAUUCGCAAUGCCAUCCGGAUUCAAGGCCUUGAAAAUGGGAUUGAGUGAAGACGAUGACUAA